UUCCGGCGGCCGCGGAGACGAUGCCGGCGCGGAGGAGCCUGGCCGCGGGAUUAUUCGCGGGGCGGGCAUGGCUCUUCUCCCGGCGGCGCCUCCGUGCCGCCUUGCGCCGGCGACCACGGCCUGAGGCACCGCGCGGCCUUGCGGGCUCGGAGGCGGACAAGAGAGUUCCGGGCGGCCGGCUGCGCGGAGACGAGGCGGCCGAGAGCGCGGGCGGGCACCGUUGUGCCACGGCGGCCGGUGAGAAGCGGGGAGGUCGGCGGGUGCCAGGUGAAGUGGCAGCGAAGGAGGACAGCCCAGCGUCCAGCACGGGAGACGGCAGUGCUGGCCGAGCAGCCCAGGAGCUGAGGCAGCAGCUGACCAGGAAACAGUGGAGAAACCGGCAGAAGAACAAGCGGCGGCAGAAGAACAAAUUCAAGGCCUCCGAUGGCCGGCUUCUGGCGUCUUCUGCGGCAGAUGACCCCCUUGAUGAACAGGGAGGCCCGACCCCAGAUAGCGAGGUGCCUGGCAGGCAGACAUCGUCCCUGCGGCAGCGCCUGGAGAGCCGCCUAGAGGCCGCUCGUUUCCGCUACAUCAACCAGCUGCUCUACACACGCUCCAGCCAAGAGGCAGCCCAGCUUUUCCAGGAGGACCCUGAGGCAUUAGGUGUCUACCACCGGGGUUUUGCCCUACAGGCAGCCCACUGGCCCGAGCGACCCGUGGAGCGCUUUGUGCACUAUCUUCACCGUAGACCGGCCUCCCUGGUUGUGGCCGACUUUGGCUGCGGGGAUUGCACCCUGGCUCGCAGCCUGCCCAAUCGGGUGCACUGCUUCGACCUGGCGGCCCUGGACCCGCGGGUGACCGUCUGCGACAUGGCUCAGGUGCCGCUGGAGGACGCCUCCGUGGACGUGGCCGUCUUCUGUCUGGCGCUGAUGGGGACCAACCUGCGCGAGAUCCUGCAAGAGGCGCACCGCGUCCUGCGAGCCGGGGGGACGCUGCUGGUGGCCGAGGUGGCGAGCCGCUUCGCGGACCUGCGGGCCUUCCUAGGAGCGCUGGCGCGGCUGGGCUUCCGGCUGACCUCCAAGGUAGGACGUCUCGGGCAGCCACUUCUACACCUUCGAGCUGCGCAAGACCGACCGGGCGGAGACGGCGAAAGCGGCCGAGCUCCGCGGACUGGCGCUGCGGCCCUGCCUGUACAAGCGCCGGUGACGUCGGGGUUCCCGACCAAUAAAGGCCCGUCUUGCUGGCGAGUGGCGGUUCCUGUGUGGCUCUCUGGGAAAUGUAGGCGGGGCGGGUGUCGUGCGCAGGCGCGCGGCAGCGGGCCGAUCGCGGCGGCGGCGGCGAUGUCGGGGUCCGGGGGCGGCAGGAUAGAUGUCAACCGGGCCGGCGCGGCGGAGCUUGAGCGGGCGCUGGUCGGGAUCGGGCACCGCCGAGCGCGGGGGAUCGUGCGCAAGAGGGAGGAGCUGAGGGGCUUCGCCCGCCUGGAGGACCUGCUGCGCGUCAAGGGCAUCACCGCCCGGAUCCUGGAGCUGAACCGGCAGCGCGUGACCUGCUCGCACCGGCCGGAGACGCCCGACCGCCCCCCCGCGACGGCGCCCCGGCCUCGCCGCCCAGGGCUCUCCCCACCCCGGCAGGGAGGCCGCGGGGCCACGCAGCCUCGCCCGCCCUUCCUCUUCACAGGAUGGCGGCGGCGGCGGAGCGGGAGGACCGCGCGGGGAAGUUGCCGCUGUCCGUAGCCCCGGAGGGCC